AUGAAUAUACGUCCAGUCCAGUUACUACUUCACCCUUUACAAAAUAGUAUUUCCAGAUUCUUCACAACAAUGACUACCUCACCGUACCCGCUGUCGUCGUCACUGGCACAACCCCAGCCUGUAAUCGUGGUUGGAUCCGGACUCGCCGGAUUAUCAGCAGCGACGCAACUCAUCUCACAUCAAGUCCCUGUCAUAAUGCUCGACAGGGCCGAAAAGCCCGGUGGCAAUAGUAUCAAAGCUUCAUCAGGAAUAAACGGAGCGCCGACGAAAUUUCAGCCUGAAGAUACCAAUGACUCCCAAGAGCUUUUUCUCACCGACACAAUUAAAUCGGCAGGAGAUGUUUUCGCAUCUUCCCCGGCUGAGGAACAAAAAAGGCGGGAAUCGCUUAUUUCCACCCUCACUGCUUCGUCUGCUGAGGCAGUUUACUGGCUCACGGAUGAGAAAGGUGUCGACUUGAGCAAGGUUUGCCGGUUGGGGGGACAUAGUCGCCCGCGGACGCAUCGUGGGGCUGGUCAGCGACCGCCUGGGAUUUCUAUCGUUAGCACGCUUUUGGAUUCUUUGGAGACUAGUUCCCUGUUUCAGCUUCGGUCGGGGGCUAGGGUUACGAAGGUGUUGCGCGAGGCGGAUGAGGUCUUAGGGGUCCAGUAUACAGGUGGUGAGAAGACUGAAACGGAGGACAAUACUACCACUACGCUUAAUGGGCCGGUUGUGUUUGCAAGCGGUGGAUUUGCAGGAGAUGCGCAUGGACUGCUUGCCAAGUAUCGGCCCGAUUUGGCUGGGAUACCUUCGACGAACCAGGCUGUUGAGGGAACACAGCCUCUUCUCGAGAAUAUAGGCGCUGGGUUAGUGGAUAUGGAACAAGUUCAAAUCCAUCCGACCGGAUUUGUGGAUGAGAAGGAACCCUCGGCGUCUGUUAAGAUUCUUGCGGCGGAGGCACUCCGUGGAGAAGGUGGAAUUCUCCUUUUGGAUAAUGGAAAUCGAUUCGUGAACGAGCUUGAGACCCGCGAGCACAUUACGAAUGUCAUCAUGAGCUCAGCGAAACCACUGGAGACAGAUGCGCGUCAAUGGGAUGUUAGCCUUCUCUUGGACGAAGGGACCGCUGCCGCCUUAGGCUCGCAUAUGGGAUUCUAUCUGUGGAAAGGGCUAAUGCGUAAGACAACGGUGCACGAACUUGAUCCACCAGUGCUCGAAACUAUCAAAACAUAUGCAGACAUUGUCUCAGGCAAACAACAAGAUGAGUUUGGCCGUGCAGCUUUCGGAAACUGGACUCUGAAGGAUGUGACACCGGAUUCUGUGGUCUAUAUUGGGAAGGUCACUCCUGUUACCCACUUUACGAUGGGAGGAGCUACAAUUGAUAAGCGCAGUCAGGUGCUAGAUAAGAAUGGAGCCCCCAUCAAGGGUCUCUGGGCUGCAGGAGAGGUCACUGGUGGCCUACACGGUCAGAAUCGCUUGGGAGGGUCGUCUCUUCUGGAGUGUGUCGUCUUCGGAAGGAUAGCGGGCAAUGAGGCCGCGGCUUUCUAUAAGAAGCACUAUGCUUCCUGA